GGCCUGAUAACAGAUAGAAGGAAAAGGCUGAUAGUUGUCUGGUAGCAGUUAUCUUUUGAGUUAGGCUAUUUUGGGAGUAUUGUGCUCAAGAUGAUUCCAAUAAUCUGUCUGGCGUUGCUGCUUCCUGAAGUGGCUCACUCAGCUCAGGGUCACUUUGCUCACAAGCUCCUGAAUGAUUUGAUGGAGAAUUAUUCCAGUGCUCUGCGGCCUGUGGAGGACACGGACAGAGCGCUCAACGUCACCUUACAGAUCACCCUCUCUCAGAUCAAAGACAUGGAUGAGAGGAAUCAGGUGCUAAUUGCCUACCUGUGGAUUCGGCAAACAUGGCAUGAUGCAUACCUGAGGUGGAACAAAGAAGAUUAUGAUGGACUGGAGGUGAUCCACAUCCCCAGCAGCCUGGUGUGGAGGCCUGACCUUGUCCUCUAUAACAAAGCUGACGAUGACUUCUCAGGACCGAUGGACACCAACGUAAGACUGCGUUACAAUGGAGAGAUCACCUGGGAUGCUCCUGCCAUCACCAAGAGCUCCUGUGUUGUGGAUGUCUCCUACUUCCCCUUUGACAGUCAGGAGUGUAACCUGACAUUCGGCUCCUGGACCUACAAUGGGAACCAGGUAGACAUCAUUAUGGGCAUGGACAGCGGUGACCUGUCUGACUUUGUGGAAAAUGUGGAGUGGGAGUGCCGUGGUAUGCCUGCCACCAAGAAUGUGAUCAUGUACGGCUGCUGCUCUGACCCGUAUCCAGACAUCACCUACACAGUGCUCCUUCAGCGCCGCUCCUCCUUCUACAUCUUCAACCUCCUCCUCCCCUGCUUCCUCAUCUCCUUCUUGGCUCCCCUUGGUUUCUACCUGCCUGCAGACUCUGGAGAGAAGGUUUCCCUCGGAGUGACUGUCCUUCUGGCCCUCACUGUGUUUCAGCUAAUGGUGGCGGAGAGCAUGCCUCCAUCAGAGAGUGUGCCUCUAAUAGGAAAAUACUACAUUGCCACCAUGACCAUGGUCACAGCCUCUACAUCCCUCACCAUCUUCAUCAUGAACAUCCACUUCUGUGGAGCAGAGGCUAAACCAGUUCCCCACUGGGCAAAAGUCCUCAUCAUCGACUACAUGUCCAAGAUUUUCUGUGUUUAUGAGGUGGGUGAGAACUGUGCCUCUGCCUCCUCCACCUCCUCUUCUUCAUCUUUUCACUCCCCCCAGGAUGAUCUCCGUUACCAGCACCACAGCUCCCAUGUUCAAGCAAAUGGUAAACCAGGGAACCAUACCCCCAAGCCCCAGCAUCAUCCCAGAGUUCGAGCCCAGCACCACAUCACCAGAGAGGGGAGGAGUCACCUCUCCAGCUCUGUGCCUGGGAAAUAUGAAGGCUCCAAUGGAAAGAUUCCUACAGGAGACUGCUGCAAAGAAGACCAGAAGGUCCCUGGCUACUUUGAAGAUCCAAAGCUUCCCUGUUGCCCUGAAGACAAAAAGCCUCCACCUCCAGGCCCCACUGUUACCUUCGGCCCCUGCGUAUUCUGUCGCCAUGGUAGCAGCAUUCCUGGUGUGGAUACCAAGCUUGUGCGUAAUGUCGAAUAUAUCGCCAACUGUUUCAGAGAGCAGAGGGCCACAUGUGUUAAAGGCGCGGAAUGGAAGAAGAUUGCUAAAGUAAUGGAUCGAUUCUUUAUGUGGAUUUUCUUCAUAAUGGUUUUCCUCAUGAGCAUCCUCAUCAUCGGGAAGGCUCCAUGACUGAGCAAUGGUGCUGCAGAGUUUUAUUCUAUUUUUAUCAGACAGAAUUAACUGCAUUUGCUCACCUUAUAGUUGAAGGGAUUAAUUUUUUAUUUUGUA